AUGGCUUUCAAGUACGUCCUGUUGUCCUUCUGCGCCCUGGUGAGCGUGGCCAGUGCCGGUUUCCUGGCUCCAGCUGCCACUUAUUCUGCUGCCAUUCCCGUGGUGGCCAAGGUGGCUCAGCCGCAUUAUGAUGCCGUCGGCACCACCCAGCAGAAUGUGGUGCGCUCCUUUGGUGGCACCGUGUCCACCUACUCCAAGAAUGUGGUCACCCCGUACUCCAGUGUCAGCAAGGUUGACUCCCGCAUCACCAACAAUGUGUACACCCCCAAGACCGUCUACUCUGCACCCGCUCCCGUGAUCACCAAGUCCUUCUAUGCCGCUGCUCCAGCUCCAGUGGUUGCCAAGACUGUUUAUGCUGCUCCAGCUCCCGUGGUGGCCAAGACUGUCUACUCCGCUCCUGCUCCAGUUUACGCUGCUCCUGCUCCAGUUCUGGCUAAGACCGUGUACUCUGCUCCCGCUCCCGUGGUCACCAAGGCUGUGUACUCCGCUCCCGCUCCGGUUUACUCCGCUCCCGCUCCAGUGUACUCCGCACCCGUGGUUGCCGCCGCUCCUGCCGCCUUUGUGAAGUACUCUCCCGCCGCCGUGGUGGCUCAUGCCAGCUUCGAUGGAUUCGGUUCCCACUGGGGAUACUAA